ACUAAAAAGUAGAGUUGGGAUGAGUGGCUCAGAGAAAUGGGUAGGGAGCAGCCGUGGUCUCCCGCCGGAGGCAUCAGAAGUGGAGGAGAUGCUCCGCGCCGCCGAAGACGAGCUCCUAACGGGCCUCCGCGUUGGCUCCCAUACCAUCUCCUCCUCUUCUCUUGAUCACGAUCUCGCUCGCCGCUUCGAUGCCCUCAAAGCACCUCGCCUUCGUCCUCCGAUGGCGAUCCAGCCUAUCCGAACUCCUCAGCCCUCGGCACCACAAUCCAAAAGCUUAGAAACUAAAGAUCAGAUCUAUGGUGAUCCCAUGAAUGAUGAUCUCAUGGCCAGGUUUGCAGCUCUCAAGAGUCUCGCUAGCAAGCCAGAGCCGAUGGUGGAUCCUAUCUCGAAUCGUGAAGAUAUCACCGAUGAUGAACAAAGCGAGGAUCUUGAAGACGGAGAUAUGGUUUCGAAGAAGGAGGUGGAUAAAGUGAUCAUGUGGGCAAUGGACGCCGCUAGGCUCGAUCCUUCUGUAAAUAACGAUGAAGACAAUGAUUUAGACGAAGAGAGUGAUCAUGAAGACGUCGAUGUUAAGGAGUUGGAAGCAGAGGUUGAGGAGAAGAAGAAUAGUGAUAAGGGUAAAGGGAAGCACGGGACAUUUGAAGCACCUAUUGGCUAAAGAGGGUGGUCAUGACCACUAAAAACGAAAAUAUGGUUAGAAGGUCUGUGAAAGGAGUCAUCCUUUGGAGAAUACAUCGUAUUGGGAUGCAUUUUGAGGAGUU